AGGUCUUACAAAUCAACACUUCCAACACCUUUGUUGGAUCUGCUUUUUUUCUUUUUUUUUUAAAUUUCACUUUUUUUUGUUGAUCUGAUCAGAAAGAGUGAGUCUAAGCCGUGCAUGCAGACAGACAAACAAACAGACGGACUGACAUAUGGACACAGAGCAGUGAGCACUGCGGCGUGAAUGUAGCAACUGGACUUCUCUUCUCCCUGGUAACUAAGACCAAACAAGGAUAAUAGCCAAAGCCCUAUCCUGUCCACUGAGGUAGUGGGUGGAUGCAGCUUUCAGCAGGCUGCUAUAGGAGAAAGCUGAGACUGUAUAGAGGCUGCAGAGAUACGUUUAGUUGAUUGUGGUGAUCAUUAGAAGAUGGACUGUCACCUCCAGGGAGACUCUUGUUGGAUUGUUAUACCGAAGACUGUCUCGUGUUGAACACUGUUUGCAGGACGUUGCCGAGCAAAGACUUUUUUCCUUUUUGCACAGAAUCUGUUGCACGUGCUGUGUGGACUUUCUGACUGUAUGAAUGUAGAAUGUGUGCCUCAGUGAUGGUGGCUGAGCGCAUAAGGACUGUGUAUCUGUCACUGAUGCUGCUGUAUCUCGUUCUGCUGGGCACGGCUCGCACGGCGCACAGCAUCUACCCACGGAUACGUCUCUCCCACAAAGAGCUUUGGCAGCUGAACAGGACUUGGGUGUUCCAGGGACAUGGAGCGUCUCUUCAACCCCAGACCAUGCUGCUGGAUGAGGGCCACGAGAGGCUUUAUGUCGGUGCCAAGAAUACUCUUUUCUCCCUGAGCCUGGACCGGGUUAACACACACCACAGAGAGAUCCAGUGGGCCAGUACAGAGUCUCAGAUAGAGGAGUGUAUGAUGAAGGGGAGGGAAAAGCCGGAGUGUGCCAACUACAUCAAGGUGUUGCAGCAGCACAACCAGACUCAUUUGCUGGUUUGUGGAACAGGAGCCUUUAACCCGACUUGUGCCCUGGUCGGAGUGGGACACGCAGGGCAGGACAAGCUGUUUACUCUUGAAGAAGAGAGUGUUAUGAGCGGCAGAGGACGCUGCCCGUAUGACCCCAACAGCCCCUGCACAUCUACACUCUCCAGAGGAGAGCUCUACAUCGGCCUGUACACCGACUACUGGGAGAAUGACGGCGCUUUGUGUCGACUGAACAACCAGACCUACACACGGACCGAAAGGAACGACAGGCAGCAGCUCAACGAACCUAAGUUUGUGGGCUCAGCAGUUAUUCCUGACAACGACGACAGAGACGAUGACAAAGUUUACUUCUUCUUCACUGAGCGGGAGGUGGACGCCGAGGGAAUGAACAAGGCCGUCUACGCCCGCGUUGGCCGAGUCUGUGCGAAUGACCAGGGAGGACAGAGGAUGCUGGUGAAUAGAUGGAGCUCCUUCCUCAAGACUCGUCUCAUCUGCUCGGUGGCCGGACCGAACGGCAUUGACACGCACUUUGAUGAUCUCGAGGAUGUGUUUGUGCUCAACAGCAAGGAUGAGAAAAACCCAGAAAUAUUUGGCCUCUUUAGCACGACAAGCGCGGUGUUUAAAGGCUACGCGGUGUGUGUUUAUCACAUGGAGGACAUCAGAGCAGCCUUUAACGGUCCAUUUGCCUACCGAGAGAGACCCGAGCAUCACUGGACACCUCACGAGGACAGAGUCCCCUACCCUCGACCUGGAUCCUGUGCCAGUAAAAUGAACGGCGGCGGCUUCUCCAGCUCAAAGGAGUUUCCUGAUGAAGUUCUGCGGUUCGUGCGCUCUCAUCCUGUGAUGUAUCGCCCAGUGCUUCCGCAGCAUCACAGGCCCGUCCUGCUGCAGACCGAGCCGGGCAGAAGAAAGCUGACCCAGAUUGCGGUAGAUCGGGUCCAAGCCCAGGACGGACACUACCAUGUCCUCUACAUCGGCACUGAUGACUCAGUGGUGCUGAAAGUUAUCACCAUCUACAACAAAGACACAGACACUAUGGAGGAGGUGCUGCUGGAAGAGCUGCAAGUAUUCAAGCUACCAGCACCAAUAAGAGAGAUCAUAAUAUCACCAAAAAGGCAACAGCUAUACGUGGGUUCGGAAGUGGGUGUGGCUCAAGUCAAACUGCAUCAGUGUGACCUGUACGGUUCAGAAUGUGCAGAUUGCUGCCUGGCUCGAGACCCCUACUGCGCCUGGGAUGGCCUCACCUGCUCCAGAUACUACCCCGCUGGAGUCUACACCAAGAGGCGAUUCAGGCGGCAGGAUGUUCGCCAUGGCAACGCCGUACAGCUGUGCAAUGGGCUGCAAAUUGAUGAUGAACAAUGGCAGCGAGCCGAAGAGAAGCUGGUGUACAGCGUGGAAAGCAACAGCACUUUACUAGAAUGUGUCCCGAGAUCACUCCAAGCCAAGGUCCUCUGGUUCUUACAGAAAGGAGGAGAGAAACUGGAGGUACGAGGUGAUGAGCGGGUUAUCAUGACCUCCCACGGGCUGCUGUUCCUACGUGUGAGAAGCUCAGAUGCCGGCGUGUACGUGUGCCAAACUGUGGAACACGGAUACGUGCACACAUUGUUACGAAUCCGGCUGCACGUGCUCAAAGGGGAGAGGGUGGAGUCGGCCAUCCACGCGGCUAACGACGGGGAGGGAGAGAAAGCCACAGCUCCGUGCCACUCCUCAAUUGGCCCCCCGCCGGGCCCCAGCAUCAGCCCCAGAUCUCUGGUGCCGUCCUCCGUCUCGGGCCCCCACUCCAGGCUGUGGUACAAGGAGUUCCUCCAGCUGAUUGGCUACGGGGAUGCUCAGAGGGUAGAGGAGUACUGUGAGAGAGUGUGGUGCUCUGAUAAGAAACGCAAAAAGACCAAAAGGAAGUAUGUUCCUUUGGGUGGUGAGAAGAGAGGAAAAGCGAGGGGAGAGGAGAACUCCCACAGAGCUCCCAGGCACACCUUGGACACCUGAGGAGAGCAGAGGCUGACAGUACAUACUACUCACAUGCAGUCUAAAGGUCAGACUCACUCAGUGUUUGCACCACGUAAAAGGUUUUCACUUUGCUUUCGACAAGAGCAGUAAUAGAAAAAAAAAAAACAACAGUAGCAGGCUGCCUCGCUAUCGUAGCUACAUUCACCACUCAGUACUUUGAUUGUGCCAUUUCCACUUAUUUUAAACCCACAUUUUGCUUUGUUUUUGUUUGUGUGUGUGGGGUAAAACUUAUUAUUUGGUGCAGACACUGGGUCAACAGUACAAAUGUCCGUGUCAAUACAGAGCAGAGACCCUGGGGGCGGACGGACGACAGAUUAACCAAUGUUGCCUCUGAUUUGGAGAGACAGACCAUAAUACAUAUCAGCUCCUGCGGACUGACCCCAGCCCGACCCAGCCGUCAAUCAAAACGCACACCGAGACCGCUCGGCUAAAAAAAUCUCUGCUUCACCUCUCAUUCGACGGCGUAAAUAACGACAAACUCUUGAUUACGAGAGAAAAACAACGAUGUUAAAGCUAACCGCCUUCUGAUCUCUCAUUGGUACUGCAGUAACUUAUUUUCUUGGUUUCUACUUUGAGUUGUCUAGUUGUUUAGAUGUCCUAAACUGGAAAAAAAUAUGGUGUUGUUGAUUUUGUAGAGUGAAAAAUGCUAAUUUGAUUCGAUGGCGGCUGUGGGGUGAUGACCUCGGUGCGAGAUGUUGCAACGCCACUAUUACGGAUAUUUGAGGCAUGUUUUUAAUUAUAAUUAUGCCCUCAAUGGAAAUAAAUACUAUUUAAGCACUUGUUAAACCUGUUCCAGUAGAUGAAAAGUGGUCCCAUCAGUGGACAUUAUUGUUACUGUAAGUUACAUCUACAAUUGUGAUCAAAUGUACCAACAGUAUUGUGUGUAUUGUAUAUUGUAUUUAUCUAAAAUUCAGGGUGGUCUUUGUGUGCACAUCUGGUAACUAUAACUGUGUAUUCAAAAAGUCAUCCCUCUCUCUGCUGGCUGCUUUCACUUUCUUUCCCCCACUGCUUUUCCUCCUUUUCCCUCCUCUUUCGCUUCCUUAUUCCCUCGUCAUCCUUCCGCCCACUUUCUUGUUUGUCUGCAGUGAUGUUGCAGAUGGGAGUCAUAAUUACCACCACAGACAGCGAUGUACAACACCACAUUUCCCUUAAAAGAAAAAAAAAAAAAGAGAUGAAUAAAUGUUAGGGGGACCAUCCAAGCAUGUCAUUAGUGAAACAGAUGAGUCAGUCUUAUGAAUAUUCAUGUAAUCCUGAGAUGACAAAAACAAACAAUCUGAUGUUACAGUGAAAUGCACUGUAGUGGUUGUGCUAAUUACUCUGGAGGAUUGUGUCUUUUUGUUUUUUUUUCAUGCUGUGCAUUAUUUAUUUUAUGUCACUUUAUCGUUUCGACCCUGUUGUCUAUGUGUUGUUUUCGUGACAUGGAGAAAAAAAAAACAACAACCACUUUUCAGGCCUUUGUAUUGUCACUCGUCAUUCUCUUUGGAUAUUCUUCAUCUAAGAAUGAAUAUGUUGUCUGCUAUACCCCUUAUAAAUACCUGCCAUUAAAAAAAAAGAUGGACCAUC